AUUAUGGAUGUGGAUCCAAAAUGUCGUGAGAACAAUUCAGCUCACCACACCAAGGACAUCGAUCGAGAGCGCUUGAUUGUGCGCCGGGGUCAGCCCUUCUCCAUCUCGGUGCAUUGCUCCGAGUCUUUGCACCGUGACCACCACCUGGCACUGGUCCUCCAUCUUGGCAAGCGAGGGGAGAAGGUGAUCAGAGUUGAGAAGGAGCGCAGCAGCAAAGAGGGAUGGCGCUUCACGCAGGAGGGAGACCACAAUGGCGUGCUGUUGACUCUACACAGCCCGGCAGACUCCAUCGUCGGCCAUUACCGUCUAGACAUGUUGCUGAUGACUCCUGAUGGACGCGUGUCGGAGAAGAAUGAGAAGAUUGACUUCCAUCUGCUCUUCAACCCGUGGUGCAAAGAUGAUACGGUGCACCUCAGCGAGGAGAAGCUCCUUCAGGAGUACAUCAUGAAUGAGCAUGGAAUGAUUUACACUGGCUCAUGGCACUCCAUCAGAAGCAUCCCUUGGCAUUAUGGACAGUUUGAGGACCACGUGAUGGACAUCUGCUUUGAAAUCCUGGACAACUCCAAUGAUGCCUUGAAGAACCCGGAGAAGGACACGGAGCACAGAUGGGACCCCGUCUAUGUCAGCAGGAUCAUCUCUGCCAUGGUGAACUCCAACGGCGACAGGGGUGUGUUGGCGGGCCGCUGGCAUGAGCCGUAUUCUGACGGAGUCCCGCCUAACCGAUGGAACGGCAGCGUUCCCAUCCUCCAAAAGUGGAGCCGAGGCAGGGCCAGGCCGGUCAAAUACGGCCAGUGUUGGGUCUAUGCUGCUGUCGCCUGCACAGUGCUGCGCUGCCUGGGUAUCCCAACACGCACCAUCACCAACUUCUGUUCUGCCCAUGACACCGAUGGAAACCUUUCUGUGGAUUCCCUGGUUAAUGAAAAACUGGAGAGCCUGGAUACGAGUGGGAAGUCAGACAGCAGCUGGAACUUCCACUGUUGGGUGGAGUCCUGGAUGAACAGAGUUGACCUCCCAAAAGGAAAUGAUGGCUGGCAGGUUUUGGACCCAACCCCUCAAGAACUAAGCGAUGGUGAGUACUGCUGUGGUCCAUGUCCUGUCACGGCCAUCAAGGAAGGAAAUCUGGGCGUCAAGUUCGAUGCUCCGUUCAUAUUUGCUGAGGUGAACGCCGACAUCAUCAAGUGGAUGGUCCGGAAAGAUGGUCAAAGACAGAAGCUCAAUGUGGACCAAAACAGCGUCGGAAGGAACAUCAGUACCAAAAGUCCCUUCAGCGACCGCAGGGAAGAUAUCACUCUCCAAUACAAAUAUCCAGAAGGUUCUAAGAAAGAGAGAGAGAUCUGCGAGAAGGCAGGACGUCGAAUAACAGAGCCGACCACUGAGAGAGAAAAACCAGGGAAGCUGCAGAUGACAAUCAAACCCACAAAUCCUCUAUUUGGAACAGACUUUGACGUCGUUAUUGAGUUGAAAAACAACGGCGGCGUCGAAGCUCACGCUCAGCUGACCAUGCUAGCCAUGGCUGAAACUUACAACUGUAUACACCGAGGGGAGAUUGAGAGGCAAACCAAGAAGGUCAGCGUGCCUGCCUACAAAGUUCACAAGGAAGUGCUGCGCGUGCGCUACAAUGACUACGCCAAGUGUGUCUCGGAACACCAUCUGAUCAAGGUGAUGGCCCUCCUGGAGGCCCAAGGAGAGAAUGAACCCAACAUGGUCGUGGUCAAAAUCCCUCUCAUCUUGCCUGAGCUCCUUGUAGAGAUUCACGGGCAAGCCGCAGUUAACAUACCGUUAAAAGCCUCAAUCUCCUUCACCAACCCUCUCCCGGUGCCACUGAAGAGGGGUCUUUUCACUGUGGAGGGGGCCGGCCUGGUGUCUCCCUCGGAGGUCAGGAUGAAUGGUGAAAUAGGUCCAGGCCAGAAGGUGAGCGUCAAGCUCACCUUUACACCGACUCGGACCGGAGCGAGAAAGCUCCUGGUGGAUUUUGACUCCGACAGGCUCAAAGAUGUACGGGGAGUCGCUACAGUUUUUGUUGAGAAGGGUUUACUCUUAUACUGAGUGAGCUUAGACACAAACAUGUACUACUACUGACUAUUAUAGUGUUUACUAACAAGCAUUGAACUACGCUUUAGCUUCCAAAGGCAAACAAAUCAAGAAAAUCUAAGCUUUUCACUUACAUUCCAUUUGAAGGCAUUGAGUUUUGCAUAUAAAAAUCACCACUGGCCCGAUAUUUAAUGAAUAAGAAGGAUUCACUCGAGGGAGUACUUGAGGGUGCUCCCCCGGGUGAUUCCCUCGUUCUACUGGGGGACUUCAACGCUCAUAUUGGCAACGACAGUGAAACC